CGACAUUUCAACGUCACAUGUAACAAUAACACAGUGUAACACCCACCAUUGCUUUCUUUUUCCUAUCUUUAUAUGCUCCUUGUGAAGACCAGAGAAAGGGGUGCAUCAUAUUUUUUCAGACAUGGCAAGGAUUCCCGUGAGGUUUCAGAGAGUGGCAGCGGCGUUUGAUGCUGACGUGGCACGUGUGAGGCUCUGCGAGAGCAGCGGGAGCGAGCACUCGCCGGAGAGUUUAACCGAUUUGUCUGAUCUCGUCAAGUCUUUCAUGGAGAAAAACGAGACAACGGGAGAGAAAGAAGAGCUGGGUGGCGUUAUUCACUUUGAGGAAGAUCGCGGCGAGGAACAGCUUGAGGAAACCGAGUGCUCUCAUUCGGAGAAGAUGGAAAUGUUGCGGAGUUUGUUUUCUGGAAACGAAGAGGACGACGAGGAUGAAAGGGACGCAAAAGAAAGAAUUAGGAGAGAGGUUGAAGUUGCAUGUGGAGUUGUUGGUAACAAUUCCAAACGCCAUUUGAUGUCUCGGUUGAGGGAAAAAGGUUUUGACGCUGGGCUCUGCAAAUCGAAGUGGGAGAAAAAUGGAAGAUUAACAGCUGGUAAUUAUGAGUAUGUUGAUGUGAAUUUGAAGGGAAAACGCUAUGUGGUUGAAAUUUGGCUUGGUUUAGAAUUCGAAAUAGCUCGUCCCACAAAUCAAUAUUCUGCCUUGCUAGAUGUUUUCCCGUUGAUAUUUGUGGGUAAAGUGGAUGAGCUUAAACAGGUUGUGAGACUAAUGUGCACUGCUAUUAAGGACUCCAUGAAAAGAAUGAAGCUGCACAUACCACCAUGGAGGAGAAAUGUGUACAUGCAAGCCAAGUGGUUCAGUGCUUACAAGCGAACAACUAAUGCAAUUGCAACUAAAGGGGCAUCGCCACCUUUGUCUUCUGAGUCCUUGUUUCCUAAUAGGGCUAUUGGAUUUGAAGUGCUACCUCUGAAAACGCUGAAUUGCAGGGAUGGUGAUUAUGCCACUAAUGCUGGUUUCAGAAUCAGCCAUUUGACAGCUGUCUUUAAUUCCGAUAACCUUGGUUUGUGAUUGAAGUCACAUUCAUAGUAUUCGUUGUAUAGAAGUUGUUCUUUUAUUGAUGGAUGAACUUGAGAGCUGAUGAAUGAUUAUGUGAAGUGUCUUUAACCAGAAAAGUGCUUGAGAACAAUUUCUCUGGUGCACGGCUCUGGCAUAUUUUUGUCUUUUAGGUAGACCAUAGAUUGGGCAAGUAGCACGGCUCUGGCAAAGUUUAUCAUUGCUAUGUUCAAGCAUUUCUUCUAUUUAUUUGAGAAGAUAAUGUUAAAAGAAACAUUG